GGAAAAUAGAUGGGUUGCGUACAAGGUGUUUGUAUGAUGUUUAUUCGAAUUAUUAUGCAAUGAUUUUAAAUUAUUAAUAAAAACUGACAGUUACCCAAUCUAUUUAUGUGAUAUUAAUGCGUAAAAUAUUAGAUCCAUGUGUUUUGGUUAAUUUUUAAGUGAUACAUUUCGUGUAGUGUUACUGAAAAUGUCGUCUUUGAUAAGUUUACGUAGUAAUUUAACAAAUGGAAUACGAAAAUGGAAAUGCUGUCUAUCACAUUUGCCGAAAAAAUAUCCAGAAGACUUUCUACGCAGAAGUUUUUCUACGCGUGAAUUAUUAAAAGAAGCAUACUGUCGUACGAAGUUAAAAUUCAAAUCCAAGAAGCUACCACAAGACGUGAACCCAAGGGGUGUAUUUGCUUGCAAUGAACUGGAUUUAUCUGAAGUCAAAGUAUAUGGAUUUGAUUAUGAUUAUACUUUGGCCCAUUACAAGCCGUCUCUGGAACAUUUGCUGUAUAAUCUUGGAAGAGAGGUCCUGUUAGAAAAGUAUAAUUAUCCACCAGAAAUAUUACAAUUAGAGUACAAACCCAAUUUUGCUGUAAGAGGUUUGCACUAUGAUAUUGAGAAAGGCCUCCUUCUGAAGUUGGACUCAUUCCUACAAAUACAGUUUGGGGCGGUCUAUAGAGGUCUUACACCCGUGUCUACUGAAGAAGUGCUCAAGCUGUACAGAAACAGAAUCAUACCCAUUGCUUAUGUUGAGGGUGAUACAAGGGCUCAUAAACCAAAUAGAGCCAAGAUGGUGCAUUUAGCUGAUCUAUUUUCAGUACCGGAAAUGGGUUUACUAUGUAAUGUAGCUGAAUAUUUCAUCAAAAAUCACAUUGAUUAUCAUCCGGAAAUUCUGUUCUUAGAUGUCAAGAACUCAGUACAAAGCUGUCAUCCAAUCAUGCACAAAAUAGUUGCUCAGAAUGUAGAGUAUAUAAGGCCCAAUGCAGACUUGAGGAAAUACUUCCAAAUGCUGCAAGACAAUGACAAGAAACUGUUCCUGUUACAAAUAGUCCGUAUCACUUUGUUAAUGCGGGUAUGGAAAUGUUGGUUGGUCACGAUUGGCGGGAUUACUUCGACGUAGUGAUCGUGAAUGCGAAUAAACCGAAAUUCUUCACGGAGGUGUCGCGGCCUAUUCGAGUGUUCGAUAAAAACGCCAACACACAUAUAUGGGAAAAAGUCACUUCAUUAGAGAAAGGGAUUAUAUAUUACGAGGGUACAGUGAAGCAGUUACAAGAUCUGACAGGCUGGUAUGGUCACCAGGUGUUGUACUUCGGAGACCAUCCGUACAGCGACCUCGCAGACGUCACCUUGGAGCACGGCUGGCGAACUGGAGCCAUCAUAAACGAAUUGACACAUGAAAUCAACACAUUGAACACCCAGUCGUUCAAGGAGAACGCCAACUGGCUGCAGAUGUUGACGCAGCUUAUUGAAGACCACCAAGACUAUAAGGAUGCUGAGGCGCUCGAGGUCGUCAACGAGUGGAUGGCAGAGAGAGACUAUCUGAGGAGAUGUAUUGUCAAUUACAGGAAUGAAAUAAAGGCAGUGUUUAACCCACAAUUCGGUAGUGUGUUCCGUACGUACCACAACCCAACGUACUUCUCGAGACGUCUGUUCCGCUUCGCCGACAUCUAUACCUCCAAUAUCACCAAUCUGAUGAACUACUCGCUUACGCAUACCUUCUACCCUCGCAGAGGUGUCAUGCCACACGAAUAUGGCUCGUAUUUCGUUUAAAUUAAGUGUAAAUUCACGUAAUCACUUCAACUGUAAAAUCAUGUAUUAUUUUAAGUAAAAUUCAGUUUUUUAGAAACAUUUGUUAAGGUUACUUCGAAUUUUAUAAUUAAUCUGUACCGCUUUAAGAUACCUUUAUAAGUGUAUAGACAAGAAUACUUUGAAAGAUGAACUUAUUGAAUCAGUGGUUUAAGACAUUUUAUUUGUACAUAUUUUAGACAAUUUUAAGCAAAUUAGUUAAUAUAUACAAUGUAAGACUAACAUAUCUACGUUGUAGAUAAACAGCAAUGCAAAUCAUCCAACGGUAUUCUAGUCAAAAGUAUUUAAUAUAAUCGUCUUACAAUUGAUAAGUGUCUUUAUUUCUUUUCUUACUGUUAACAUAUCUUUACCGUCAAUUCGAUCAGAUUAAAUGUUAUAAGACACAGUGUAUAGAAAAUAAAAUAAUGUAAUAUAACUAUUAAGUUGAUACCUAUAUAGAUUACAGC